UCUCCUCUGCACGCACAUUCACCCACCAUUGUCUUUCAUAUUAAUGUGAGCUGGACUUUGUCCUCUUGACAUGGCUUGAUUCAUGUGGGGAUGAGACACAGAUACUGAAUAGUUGAUGAGCUGGGAGAGAAAGAAAAAGAAGUGCAGGGGUGGGUUGGGGCAGAAAUAGAGAGGCAGUCAUAGAGGAAGGGAGGGAGAGAGGGAUGGAGCAGAAAGGCGGUUAUCCUCUCGCCUCGCUCCACACAGCUUCAAUAAGCCCUGAGGUUGGGAGGCUGGAUGUAAAAUUACCUUGUGACCAAAAGGGGAGGUCAGGAUUGUUGGAGUCAGACUCCACUCAUCCCGAGAAGAAAAAGAAGCAGCAGAAGCUGAGGGAGGAUGGACUGUUCAUUCAGCUGAUCAGAGGGGACCGAGACUUGCCAUGGAGAAACUAAAAGGUCCCACCGUGGGAUGCUCCAAAGCCACCUGUGGAUGGAGAUCUCUGCUUCUCCCUCAGCUGAACAGACAGUCCCUCUACGUCUAUGGCAGCGAGGUGGCCGUGGAGAAGGAGUGCAUCCGCCAGCUGGAGAGUGGAGUCUUUGUCAUUCACCCUUUUAGCCUCAUGAGGAGUUACUACAUCAUGUGCAUGAUGGCCAUCACAUUUCUGAACCUGAUUGGGAUUCCCAUGGAGAUAGCGUUUCUGGACGGCAACAGCGGGCUGGCGUGGGAAAGCUUUAACGUGUUCUCAGACACGCUGUUUUUGCUAGACGUGGUUCUGAACUUUCGCAUGGGUAUCAUAACAGAGGACGCAGAGGAAGCUAUUCUGGACAUCAAGCGGAUACGGAUCAGUUACCUAAGAACGUGGUUCAUACCAGAUGUUAUAGCAGCUUUCCCUAUCGGAUACAUCCUGCUGUUUGCGGAUUUACAUUACCACAAUGACGACAACCCAUCCAAGACCAACAAGAUGAUGAGGAUACUCAUGUUUGUUCGCAUCCUUAGCUUGAUCCGGCUGGCUCGGGUGUCCAGACUGGUCAGGUUCUUCAAUGAAGUGGAGAAAGUGUCAAAUGCAAACCUGGAGGUGGUGCGUUUGUUCUUCCGCAUUUUGUCUCUCUUCAUGAUGAUUUUUUUGCUGUGUCAUUGGAACGGCUGCAUCCAGUACUUUGUUCCCAUGCUGGAGGAGUUCCCCACUGACUGCUGGGUUCGGAAAGAAAACCUGAUGAAUGCAACAGUCAUUGUAAAAUACUCGUGGGGGGUUUUCCGAGCUCUUUCCCAGAUGAUUGCUCUCUCUUAUGGCUCUAUGGAUGCACCAACAAAUUACGUUGAGCUUUGGAUCGUCAUGGUCAGCAUGGUUUCUGGCUGUCUGAUGUACACCGUUCUCGUGGCCAACGCUACAGCCAUGAUCGCUACCCUUGACCCAGCAGCAAAGGAAUACAAGAGCAAGAUGAGCCGUUUGGAGCACUACAUGACCUUCAUGAAGCUCCCACCAGAAUUGCAGCUUCGCAUCAGCAACUAUUACCAGGCUCGGUAUGGAGGGAAGUGGUUUGAUGAGAAGGAUGUCAUGGGCAUUGUGUCCUCAGCGCUUAAAGAGGAAAUCCUGACUGUCAUGUGCAGCCGGCUGCUAAAAAACGUGCCAAUGUUUCAGAACAGAGACGAAAACUUUAUUCAUGCUCUCCUCCUCAAACUGGACUACGAGGUAUUCCAGGAAGGAGACGUCAUUGUUCGACAGAACGUUCCCGGUGAUCGUAUGUUCUUCAUAGACCACGGCCUGGUAGUCAUGGAGACUGAUUCAUAUGAAAGGGAGCUAUGUGAUGGAGACUUUUUUGGAGAGACAUGUGUGCUGACCAAAGGCAAACAUCUGGCCACAGUGAAGGCGGUGACUGACUGCCAGUGCUUCUCCCUGUCCUGGAAUGACUUCCAGCAUGCGCUCGAGGGCUUCCCAGAUGUCAAAAAAGACUUGGAAAAACUGGUCCUGCUCAAUGAUGAUGAUCUAUUUCUGUGAGACCAAAAAAAAAAUAAUAAUAACAUUUUGACUUUGUGAUUUAUGAAAAGGACACAAGCUAUGCAUUUCAAGGGCAUUUUGUGUGGUUAAGUAAUGGACUGUGAGACUUCUCCACAUGGAUACAAGUGGAACAUAUAUUCUCUAAUAAGACUGACAAUUUAGAGCAUCUUAUCAAUCUAGGAGUCAUUUUCUCUUCUGAUCCAUCGGUUAUCUGCAAUAAACAAAGACCUCAACAGUAAGGAGAGUCAAAUA